GAAAAUGUGGGAUGACUUAGUGCGUCGCUAGGCGUGGCCAUGUUACUCCACAAGUGUCCCGGACAUCAAAAGCGACAGAGAGAACUGGAGAGAACACCGCACAGAACAGAUCGCCUGAGGCAAAGUGUGCACAGCUAUUAGCUCUGACCUCAAGUUAUGGAGACUCUGUGCUAUGCAAAUUUGCAGUUCUCCCUGGACCUGUUUAAGAAGUUAAGUGAGAUUGACAAGAGUGGUAAUGUCUUCUUCUCACCAUUAAACAUCUCCACUGCUCUCACUAUGGUGCAUUUAGGGGCAGGGGGCAACACUGCCACACAGAUGGAACAGGUAUUACAUUUGAGCAAAAUCAAAGAGUCUGUACACUCUGAAUUUAGCAACCUGAUGUCCAUUAUAAACAACAAGGAAUCAACAUCUGCACUACACAUGGCCAAUCGUUUAUUUGGAGAGAAGACGUUUCACUUUGCAAAAAACUUCCUUGAUGAAACUAGGAAGUUGUACCAAGCUGAACUUGAAGGUGUGGACUUCAUCACUUCUUCAGAAUCAGCAAGGCAAAACAUUAAUGCCUGGGUGGAGAAAAAGACAGAAGGAAAGAUUGUAAACAUGCUCUCUGAAGGAGCUGUAGACCCAAUGACAAAACUUUUUCUUGUGAGUGCAAUUUAUUUCAUGGGGGACUGGCAAAAAAAGUUCAGAAUUCAUAACACUAAAGAAGCACAAUUCAGACUCAACAAGAAAGACACUACGACAGUGAUGAUGAUGUAUAAGAGUGCAAAAUUUAACUAUGCUUUAUUGCCUGAUGUAAAUGCUCAAAUUAUUGAGUUGCCAUAUCUUGGUGGAGAUUUGAGCAUGUUUGUCCUGCUGCCCAAAGAUAUUGAAGAUGAAUCCACUGGACUUGAAGAGAUUGAAAAACAACUUACUUAUGAAAACCUUAUGAAGUGGACCAGUAAGGAGAAUUUACAUUACACCAAAAUGAAUUUGUAUCUGCCAAGAUUCAAAAUGGAAGAAACUUACAAUCUUAAAAAAUAUCUGUCAAGUAUGGGUAUGACGGAUGUCUUUCACACCAGUAAAUGUGACCUGAGUGGAAUAUCCAGCUCUCAAGGUUUAUACGUGUCAGAGGUGAUUCACAAAGCUUUUGUGGAUGUGAAUGAAGAAGGCACUGUUGCAGCCGCGGCUACUGGCCUCUUAAUGAAACCCAUGUGUUAUGUUUUCCCAAAAGUCUUUAAAGCUGAUCACCCAUUCAUAUUCUUUAUUAGGCACAAUAAGUCUAAUUCCAUUCUUUUCUCUGGCAGAGUUUGCUCUCCCUGAACGACUAUGUCUACCUUUCUCUAAAUGUCUACAUUUUUUAUCAGUGCUGCAAUUCUGGCAUAAUCAAUAUUCUACUUUUUAAAGUGCCAGAAACAUAAUUUUUUAAAGUUAUACAGGGUUUUAUAUAUAAUAUUUUCUAUUUGCCUAAUCCUGUUGAGUCUGUCUGUGUAUAACGCAUGUUGAAAAAAAAAUUAUGGACUUUUGGAAAUUCCAAAUGUGCCUUUUGGUAAAUUCUGUUAAAAUUCAUUCCUAUAGCUGUAUAAUGAUAAAUGCAUAUUAUGAAAAGAAGGUAACAAAACAAAGACAGAAGUGGAAUUAUUAACUAAUUAUUGUACUGCAUUUUACAUUAAACAAAGAUAUAUAAACAUUUUUUAAUUUUUAACUAAAGCUGUCCAACUUAUUGCAAAUAUGUUUUCAUGCAUUAAAACAAUGUAAUUCUUCUAUUGCGUAUAAAUUCUUGUCUAUGUAGUUUUACAGACUUUAAGCCAUUUGUCAUCAUUAGUAUGUACUAACCAGUGGACAUGUUUGUACUGAUGAAGAAUAAAAUCAGUUACAUUAUGGUGGAAAUGAUUUCUAUUUUUUAUGUUUGUGAUGUUCUAAGCUUCUGAUACUUUGUUGCUCAAAUCCGCCACUGCACAUUUUUGAUAUGAUCAUAACUAUUAGAAGAUGAAUGUUUAAAAUCAUGCCUUUCAAGACUGUUUUUGUGAAAGGUCAUGUCAGCCAAACUAAGGUAAUCCACAACUUUAAAUGACAUGAAAUACAUAAACAGCCAAUUGCAAAGGGUAAGAGAUAGUUCAUUUUUUGUCAUAUUCUGGUCAAACAUACU